AAUAGUUUGACCAGUUACGAGCGCCCCCUGGCAGAAGUUAGCAGAACUGCAGCAUCCACUUCCUCAUAAGGCACACAAGGCGCUCGUGAUAUCGUGCACCUCAAGUCCUGGACUCCCCAUAAGAUUGCUGUUUUCCUCCCAAACAGGUCGCCAUGGCCUUUGGAGGAGAGGGAAGUGAUCAACAGAAGGAACGAUUUUCACUUCUGCUUUUGGAUCCAGGUGAGAUCUACUUUGAAGACUUUGGUGUGUUCUACUACACCCAUGGACUUACGGAGGAGGAGGCAAUACGCAGGAAAACGAGAGGACGGAUCAAGAUGUGUUCCAAGUCCGUCGUGUUUGACCCCCAGGACGUCAUGCUGCCCAUGCUCAAGUUCCCGCUGCGCAGCUGCACAGCGAUUGAGAAGUGGCAGGGACCAGUGACAUCACGGAUCAACGCCACGGGAAACGUCAUCUUGAUCGAGUCGUCCCAAGUGUACCAGAUGAAGGAGGGUAAUAUAGUCGCGCCGUACGUUUUCAAGAAGAAGAAAGAAAAGUAUCUGUUUUCUCUCAAUUUUGUGAUGAUCGAGGACGUUUUGCCUCAGAUGCAACAGCUGUUGAGAGCGUCUACACUAACAGCUGCCGACCAGAACUCCAUGAUCGCGGCGAUUGUGCAGUCUCGCCAAGCGCGGGUCCCGUUCAACACCAGCUGGCUGGAAACAUUGUACGAAAAGAUCGUAGUAGAAAUGGUUGGAGAUAAGAUCGAUCCGCUUGUUGUGAACCCCGGACGCAUCAUGAUUACGUCAUCGCGACUGUACUUUCAGCCGUUCAACAACAUCGAUCCGUAUCCCGUCCUAAAGAUCAAGCUGUCUGACAUCAAGAGGAUUGUGAAACGAAGGUUCCUACUCCGUCAGGUAGGAGUGGAAAUCUUCUGCAGCGAGGACGGUCUGAAAUCCGACCUAUUCCUGACGCUGAAGGAACAGGAGUUACGAGACCAGUUAUACGACAGCAUCGUCACGCAACCUGACGUCGCGCUGGCGGAAACAGGGCAGGAGAACGCGACGCUACGCUGGCAGAGUGGCGUCAUGUCGAACUUCGACUAUCUUAUGUACCUGAACAACAUGGCGGACCGAAGUUUUAACGACCUGACCCAGUAUCCCGUAUUUCCAUGGGUUGUAGCGGACUAUACCAGCGCAAAUCUAGACCUGUCUCGACCAGAGACCUACCGUGAUCUGAGUAAGCCUAUUGGCGCCCUGAAUCCCGAGCGUCUCCACAGGACGUUGGAACGCUACCACGACAUGCCCGAUCCCAAGUUCAUGUACGGCAGCCAUUACUCCACACCUGGGUAUGUGGUGUACUACCUGGUACGGGUGGCGCCAGAGUACAUGCUGUGUCUGCAGAACGGGAGGUUCGACCAACCGGAUCGGAUGUUCCUCAGCAUCAAGGAAACGUGGAACAACGUCCUGACGGGGGCUUCUGACGUCAAGGAGCUCAUCCCAGAAUUCUACCAGACAUCCGGACAAUUUUUGGUCAAUGCACAACACUUGAAGCUUGGCACCAGGCAGGAUGGAACAAAGGCUGAGGAUGUGGAGUUACCGCCGUGGGCCGCCGACCAUGACGACUUUGUUCAGAAGUGCCGCGAGGCGCUCGAGAGCGACUACGUUUCCAGCCGCUUGCACGAGUGGAUUGACCUCAUCUUUGGGUACAAGCAACGGGGAGAGGCAUCAGAGAAUGCGUACAACGUCUUCUACCACCUAACGUACGAAGGCGCCGUCGACCUGGACAGCAUCACCGACCCGAACGAGCGUCUCUCGCUAGAAGCACAGAUCAUGGAGUUUGGACAGACGCCCAAACAACUCUUCCACGGUCCCCAUCCACAGAGGUUCCAGCAGAGUCCUGGUACAAAAGACUCUGUUCUGAUGGGAUCGGGGGGCCAAUCAGAAUCCCUCAGAACGAACGCCACAGAUUCCAGCACAAGAGUUCCAAUGAUGAAAUCCUGCCAUCUUGCUGCGCUGUGGGAGGGUAGAGAGGGUCUGAAGCCUGUUUAUGAACACAAGCUACACAAGGACACGGUCACGGCAGUACGGCUGGCACCCAGCGGGAAAACCAUAUUCUCUGUCUCUCAGGACUCCCUGAUGAAGAUGUACUCUCUGGAAGAACAGAGACAACAGAGGAGCAUCUCCAUCUCCAACAUGGCGCUGUCCUCGUGCCAAGUCAUGGCCGACUCCAAAACGCUGAUCAUCGGAUCCUGGGACAACAACGUCUACGUCUACUCCGUGGAGUACGGACACAUCCUGGACACCGUGCUCGCCCACGAUGACGCGGUAUCGUGCAUUCAGUACCGAGAUGGACUCCUAGUCUCGGCAUCUUGGGACUCCACGGUGAAGUUGUGGGAGAGUAAAAUUGGGGGUGGAGCUAAGAAACAACAGCUGCAGCUGUCAGCAGAGUUAGACCACGACUCGGGUGUGGUUUGCGCCUGUAUGGACGCGGGAAACACUCGUGUGGCGAGCGGAACGGAAGACGGCACGCUGUACAUCUGGAGCGUGGAGUCACAGUACGUGCUGUCGCGACACCCUCUUCACACAGGGUCCAUCCAUGCGGUCAGUUUCAGUCCGGAGGGUCAGCGUGUGCUGACGUGUGGUGCUGAUCACUACCUCCGAGUGUUGGACGUGACCACGGGCACCGAAGUGUGCGCCAAGGACUUAGAAGAACCACUGAGGUAACAGAUAUUGUUAAUUUGU